AAUGAAGUAGAAUCAAACCAAAACCAAGAGUCCAAGAAACAAAGCAAAAAAAAAUUAAUCAGAAAGAAGACAUCAGCUAGAUUUCAAGAUCGAUGGGGAUGGUGGUGGUCAUAUCUCUUCCUCUAAUUUUCUUCUGCCUUCUUCUCGGAUUCGGCUGCUACUUCCUUGGCAAAUCUCGUGGCCGUCGUGAGAUCCAUACAAAUCCUCAAGUGUAUGGAGCUCCUGCUCCGCCUCCCGGUGCAAUCAUCUCCGCAGCCUCCUCUCCACCCUUGUCUCCUCGCACCAAGCCCGACAAUUCCCACAACGUCUAGUUUUAUUUUAUUCUUUGAGAAUAUGUUCCUUUCUUGUUUGGUGGAUUUUCUUGUGUAAAUUUAGAGCAUUUGAUGUCAUUAGAAAGUUCAAGGAGUGGUUUGGAGUCUAUGGACCCUAUGGUUUCAACAAUUUGUUCACAACUGAUAUGUUCUUUA